AUGAAUUUAACAAAUGAGAAUAUCUCAAACCAAAGUCAAGAGAUUUCAAUAAAUGAGAAUUCCAAUACAAUUGAAGAAAAAUUUGAAGAUAAAAAUAAAGAGAUACUUCUUGAAAAAUGCAGGGUAAAAGUUUCUUCGAAUGGAGUCUAUGAGUCUUUGCCAGUUGAAAGAAAUAGUAUCGAUGCUAAAUCAAGUGAGAAAGUAAAGGAUGAAAUUUGUGGGGAUACUGUUUUUGAGGUUUUGCCUAGAUCAGAGUCCAAUGCAGAUGCAAGUUAUGACAAAGCAAGUGAUUUUGGUAAUGAUAUUGGAGUUUUUGAGUCAUUACCAAAAUCAUCUUCUGAUGCUGAUUAUAAGUAUAAUGAAAAGGUGGAUAUUGUAGAAGAUAAAACUGUUUUUGAAGUAUUGCCACGUUCUGAGAGUAUUGUUCACCCUAAUGAUGAUACAAACUAUGGUUUGUCCGUUGAUGUAAGUGAAAUAAUUAAAAGAAAGGAGUCAGAUAUCAAUAAUAAUGUAAAAGGGCAAACAAAUGAGAUUACCAGGGAGUACAUUGAAAAUGAUCCUACUGUUGGCUUAAGCAUUCAAAAUGAGGAUUCAGUUUCUCCUCCUUCUGAAGCUUCUAUGACUAUUUUUGAGAAUUUGCCAAUUAAGAGAGAAGGUAAUAACGACAUUGGAAGGGAAUCUCGAUCUAAUUCUAUUUCAUCAAAUGAUUAUAUAACUGAAGAUCACCAAUCUAUUUUCGAAACAGCAAACUUAUCAAAACCAAAUAGCUCUUCUCAUAUUACCUAUUUGAAGGAUGAUGAAGGAGCCGAAAGACGAACAAGCAAUGAAGUAAGCGAACAUAGUGAAGUUGGCAGUGAUGAUAUAUAUGAUAAAAGUGAUGAAAAAAAGUAUCCCGUAAAAGAUUCUGAGCCUAUUAACGAAUUAAUUCCUGAUUGCAAUCAAACGAUAAAUAUUGAAAACAAAACAGAGCUUCCAAUUCAAGUUCAAUCUGAGACCAAAGCCAAUGUGAAUGUGAAAAGCGAAAAGUCGAUUUUUGAGUCAAUCCCAUCUAAAUGUUCAAAAGCUGAUAUUGGAUAUAAUUCUAAAGCACCAUUAAUUUUAGAAGAAAAGACAGUUUUUGAAUCAAAUCCCGUGAUGUCUUCAAGAGCGGAUGUGAGUUAUAACACCAAACCAGAAGUGAAGACUGAUGUAAUUGAGGAAAAGUCUGUGUUUGAGUCCAACCCAAAAAGUAGUUCGAAUGCUGAUGUCAGUUAUAAUACAAAAUCUGUACCAGUAAUCGAAGAAAAGUCAAUAUUUGAAUCCAAUCCAACAUUUGGUUCAAAGGCAGAUGUUAGCUACAAUACAAAAGUUGGAUUGGGAAAGCAGGAAAAAUCUAUUUAUGAGUCAAUUCCUACAGUUGGUGUUGUGGCAGAUGUCAGUUACAAAUCCAAGUUACAAAAUAAUUCCGGAAGCGAGAAAUCUGUUUUCGAGUCGGUCCCAGUUUCGAAUUCUAAGGCUGAUGCCAGAUAUAACUCUAAACCACAAUCUAUAAUAGAAGAAAAGGUUAUUUUUGAAUCAUUUCCAUCUGAGAAGUGUAAAGCAGAUGUGAGUUAUAAUUCCAAGUUGAAUAACAAAGGCCAAGAAAAGACAGUUUUUGAAUCCAAUCCUGUGGCGUCUUCCAGAGCUGAUGUAAGUUAUAACUCCAAGCCAGAAGUGAAGAUUGAUGGUAAGUCAAUAUUUGAAUCUAAUCCUACAGUUGGUUCCAAAGCAGAUGUUAGUUAUAAUUCAAAAUGCGAACCGAGAAUGGACGAAAAAUCUAUAUUUGAAUCCAACCCAACAACUGUCUCUAAUGCAGAUGUUAGUUAUAAUACAAAAUCUAAGCCAGUAAUUGAGGAAAAAUCUAUAUUUGAGUCCAACCCAACAACUUUCUCUAAUGCAGAUGUUAGUUAUAAUACAAAAUCUGUACCAGUAAUCGAGGAAAAGUCUGUGUUUGAGUCCAACCCAAAAAGUAGCUCAAAUGCUGAUGUUAGUUAUAAUACAAAAGGAAUUAGUAUGUAUCAAGAAAAAUCUGUAUAUGAGUCAGUUCCAGUAGGUAAGACAAAAAUAGAUGCAAGCUAUAAUACAAAAGCAGAGCUCAGAAAUGACCAUGAUAAAGUAGUCUAUGAGUCGAACCCAUCUAGUGAAUCUAGAGCAGACGUUGGAUACAAUUCUAAGGUUGUAAUAAGAACAGAAGAAAAGUCAGUUUACGAGUCAAAUUAUGAUAAAGUAUCCAAGGCAGAUACAGGAUACAAUUCUAAUUCAUAUCAAAUCCAUCUCCCAGAGAAAAUGGUGUAUGAGUCAACUCCUUUGGCUGGAUCUACUGCAGAUGCAAGAUUUGCAGAUCGAAUCAAUACAAAUGAGGAAAAACAGACAGUAUUUGUAUCUCUUCCAAGAUCUGAAUUGGCAUCUGAUGCAAGCUACUGUUUAAACAACGAAUAUAAACAGGAAAAGACAAUAUUUGAAUCAGUACCAAAUACGAAAGGGAUAAGAAUAGAUGCGAGAUCCAGUGACACAAAUGAAACUAUGAAUUUUCAAUCUAAGACCAUUUUUGAGUCGGUACCUAAGCAAUCUUAUGCUGAUGCAAAAAGUGGGACUGUAUAG